CCCUGCCGGGGGGACUUCCAUCUCGUUAUACCAACACCAGAAGGCAUUCUUCCACGUCAGUGACCAACCAAGAGUGACCCUGGAAACUUCAGCGGUUUUCUUCUUUUCUAAUUUCCAACUCUGCUGCCUACCUGCUUCCCCAUGAAGGCUGGAGUAGCCGCCCUCACAGCCGGGAUCCUCGGCGGCACCGGCGUGUUGCUCUUUCUCAUCGCUUUUGGGACGGAUUACUGGCUUCUAGCUACGGAGACCUGCGGUGUCUUCCAGCGUGGGAAUAGCACUCUGCAGUCCGGGGAGGCUGAAACGCUGGCAGAGGCCAGGCGGGAGAUCCUCACUUUCCAUCAUGAGGGCUUCUUCUGGCGGUGCUGGUUCUUUGGCGAGGGCUACCCAGAGACCAUCUGGACCUUCUGGUACACCAGCCAAGCGCACCCCAAGUUCUGCAUGCAUGGCUACCUCUUUCCCAUGCCCAUUGCUCUUGGACCUUUCCCCCACCCUUCCUACGACACAACCGCAGUGUACAGAGGCUUCUGGACGGCGUUCAUCAUGCUGGCCGUGGCCGCAGGGCUGGUGGGAGGGCUGCUGCUGGUGUGCGGCGUGCCCUUCGUCAGCCCUCGCUCCUACAAAGCGGGAGGCGGAUUCCUCCUCACCUCAGGAGGGUUAUUUCUCCUGCUCAUAUUUCUCUUUGUGAUCUGGAAGGAGUUUGCCGCUGAUUUUCAGAAGUACAUCCUUCUGGAGAGAAGUGAGAUGUGCACGGACGACGUGCCCGUGCACGUGUAUUAUGGGUGGUCGUUCAUGUUCGCCGCAGCGGGAGUGCCCCUGGUUUUACUUUCUGGACUCCUCUUCUACCUGAUCGGCAGAGACAUUAUGAAGUCCCUGGAGUAAGACAAGUUUGCCGCGCUGAGAAAGCCUUUUGAGAAAAUUGGUGAUGCUCCUUGUAAUGAAACGUUCGCAAGUUUUGAGGACUAGAUCGUUUUGUCGCUGCACGUGUCGGUGUCGGUGCACGAUUACGCUCACACGGAGGCAGGGGUGGAGCACUGAGCACCCAACCGCUGUCCAUCCAAAGCCAGCCCCAGCUGAACAUCCCCAUUUUCUAUACAGUUUUGAGAAAUCCAGACGUGCCUAUGGGUUUUUCUCUGCAGCCCGAGGAAGUGCCGCCGCUGUGGAAAGCAGCUCCCCCAGCUCCUGUUUCUGUCAGCAGAGCCCCGCAUCCAUAUUCAGCAGGGCUGGAGGUUUAUAGCAUUCCCAGCAUCCUUGUUUCUUGUAAAAGGUAAUCAAAUCUGGCUGUGGCGGUGUCUGCUAUAAUGUCUAUUUCUGAAAAGCAAUUAAGGAUGAUUAUUUUUUUUUUUUUUAGCUGGCUCUAAUUGAUGUCAAAGGACAACCAUUUUAAUGGGAUGUCGGGAAACAUGAGAAACUUUACUUUUUUUUUUCACCCCCCCCUUUAAAAGCCCUGAUUCUGAUGAUACAAAUGUACCUGGACCUAACCUAACUUUCAAUGAGUGAAUAAACCAAUUUCUGUGGCAUGAAACCUCACGUGAAUUAAUUAACAUUUCUUUACAGCACCACAUUACUGUGCUUUUAAUAUUUUCCCUGGAUGCAGC